AUGGACAACUACUUCUCCAACAUUCCCCUCUGUACUUAUUUGCGCCAAUUCCAAAUCGGCGCUUGUGGUGCUGUCCGUGUCAACUCUGCUGGAUUCCCCAAACGACUCAAGGUGCCGAAGGCCAAGAAGCUAGCAUGGAACACUCUAUCUGGCAUUGUCCUCAAUAAUCAAGACCUCGCUGUCAUUUGGAUGGAUAAUGCACCCAUCAGCAUGCUCAGCACCAUCCACAAAAUCCACAUGGACGAUAACUUUAUCGAACGUAUCCGUCGCUGUCCUCGCAACACCAAGUGCGAUGCGACGUCUGACAACCACCCCAGGAAGACCAUGCACGUUACCAAAAACACUGAGCUACCCCCCAGCCGUUUUGUCCCCGGUUUCCACUAUGGCCAAUACUCCGAUACCCGAGAACUCUGUCUCCUUUGCCGCUACAGAGCCACUGUCCUCAAGGACAAGAGCUACAAGAGUUCGACGCAGACAAACUGA